AUGCAUUCAAUACAUCCAUCCACCUAUCUAUAUAUCGCUAUGUUUACUCAUAUCUAUCUAUCUAUCUAUCUAUCUAUCUAUCUAUCUAUUUAUCUCUACGUUUAUUCAUAUCUAUCUAUCUAUCUAUCUAUCUAUCUAUCUAUCUAUCGCUACGUUUAUUCAUAUCUAUCUAUCUAUCUAUCUAUCUAUCUAUCUAUCUAUCUAUCUAUCUAUCACCAUGUUUGUUCGUAUCUAGAAGUUGUUCACAUCAUCACUUGUGAUAUAACUAUCCUCAUCUUUGCUUGCAUCAACCAUAUCCUCAUUCUCGGCCUUUUCCGUGCUUCAAGCAACCAUAUCUGCAUCCGCGGCCUUUUCCCUGCUUCAAGCAACCAUAUCCGCAUCCUCGACCUUUUCCCUGCUUCAAGCAACCAUAUCCACAUCCUCGACCUUUUCCCUGCAUCAAGCAACCAUAUCCGCAUCCCCGGCCUUUUCCCUGCUUCAAGCAACCAUAUCCGCAUCCUCGGCCUUUUCCCUGCUUCAAGCAACCAUAUCCGCAUCCUCGGCCUUUUCCCUGCUUCAAGCAACCAUAUCCGCAUCCCCGGCCUUUUCCCUUCUUCAAGCAACCAUAUCCGCAUCCCCGGCCUUUUCCCUGCUUCAAGCAACCAUAUCCGCAUCCUCGGUUUUUUCCCUGCUUCAAGCAACCAUAUCCGCAUCCUCGGCCUUUUCCCUGCUUCAAGCAACCAUAUCCGCAUCCUGGGCCUUUUCCCUGCUUCAAGCAACCAUAUCCGCAUCCUCGGCCUUUUCCCUGCUUCAAGCAACCAUAUCCGCAUCCUCGGUCUUUUCCCUGCUUCAAGCAACCAUAUCCGCAUCCUCGGCCUUUUCCCUGCUUCAAGCAACCAUAUCCGCAUCCCCGGCCUUUUCCCUGCUUCAAGCAACCAUAUCCGCAUCCCCGGCCUUUUCCCUGCUUCAAGCAACCAUAUCCGCAUCCUAGGCCUUUUCCUGCUUCAAACGUAUAUCCGCAUCCUCGGCCUUUUCCCUGCUUCAAGCAACCAUAUCCGCAUCCCCGGCCUUUUCCCUGCUUCAAGCAACCAUAUCCGCAUCCCCGGCCUUUUCCCUGCUUCAAGCAACCAUAUCCGCAUCCUCGGUCUUUUCCCUGCUUCAAGCAACCAUAUCCGCAUCCCCGGCCUUUUCCCUGUUUCAAGCAACCAUAUCCGCAUCCUCGGCCUUUUCCCUGCUUAA